AUGCGAACACCGAAACACACUCACACAGAACAACUGAAGAGAUUAGAUCCACAUACGCCGGAGUCCAGCUACGGAGAGAAAGUGAACAAGUCAUUCCGAGAGCAAACCGUAGCGUCUAGUGUGGCCUGCAUCGAGCAGACCGCGAAAAGCCGUCCGCGAGAGAACAGAUCUUCAGCAACGAGGGCAGGCAGCACCCGCGCACGCGCCAAGUCGCGAGGCGCUGUCGAUGUUGUGGGUCACAGAGCGGAGGAGGAAAAACCGAGGGAAUUGCGAGGCGCGCAGGAGAAAUACACCAAAAAUGGCCUCGACAGCCGGAAUCCCCUGGAUUCAUGUGCGCAUGCGCAGCUGCGCGUGCGUGGCGGAACCAAGCAAACGUUUUCGCUGAAGAACAGCCGUAAACGCAGUCUGUGUCCUUUCCGCGGAAUCAAGCAUCUCGACAUCUCACUCCAUGAAGAGCGGAGACCGGAAAUGAAUUACCGACCGCGGAGAAGAGUGCCCAAGAGCGAUCCUGCCCGCCGGGGUCAAACGUGCAUGCGCACAGAAGCAGCGGGACAGGUGUCAAACGAACCAGGGCACCGUGGAGCAACUGAUAACGAUCUGGCUUCUAGCAGAGAUGUGUAA